AUGAAAUCCCUGAGGUCCAAUUCUCCAUGCUCUUGCCAAGAUCUGGAUCACGUCCAGUACAGGAAACAUAUGAUGGAAGAAGUUCGUAAAGGCUCACUGGAUUAUGUAUCCCGAACUAAGGAAAUUCUGAGAUUGGAGCAGGCAAAACAGACUCUUGAAAACCUGAACUCGGAUCUUGAAAAAGACAUGCAAAACCUAGAUGAGGCAAACCAGGCCCUUCUUGUCCAAAUCCGAGAAAAAGAACUCAAGAUUCAAAGUCUAGAAAAAGAGAUCACCAAGUCAAUAGACCUAGCUGGGGAGAGAGAUGAGAUUAACCGCACCGCAUCUGAGAGGGAAGAUGCACUGAAAGACCUGGAAUUGGAGACCACAAAAUUGGAAAAGAGUAAUGAGAUACUAGCUAAGAGUGUGAAUGAGCUACGGAUAAAGCUUUCCAGGAAACCACCAAAGAAGACUGAAGUUGAGAAAGAAUCCCUAAAACAGAUGUUGGAUGAAUCAAAGGAGAAAUUACAAAAAGCCACAGCCUUUUGUGCAGAACAGGAAAAGGAACUGGCUAAGGUAACAUCUGAAUACCAAUCUGUGAAUCAACUCUGUGACGAUCAGGCUCGCUACAUAAAGAAAUACCAGGAAAUCUUGAGGCUGAUGGAGGAGGAUAGGGAGAUAUUGCUCCUUGAAACAGAAGUAAACAAAGCCCAGAGCUUGUAUAAUCAAUCUGGGAAACCACCUUUAAUUCUGGCAGAGGUUAUGGAAGAAAAGUUGUUUAAAGAAUGGCAAAGACAUUUUUGGUUCAGUAUUUCCCUGCUUAUCUUCUUGAUGAUCCUGUUCCUCACCAGGGUGCUGAGCUUCGGGUUUUUGUAUCUUCAUUUCAUAAAUCCAGAUUUUCUCCUGAACAAUCUGCCCAAGAUAAUGGACAGAAACACCUUGUGGAGGCUGAGAGGCUUUCUACUUCCAUCUCUCAAUCUCCGUGUAGAAGACUUUUUGCCACACUAG